GAAGUUGAGAGAUUGAGAUCUGGCUGGGGGCAAGGAGGGAGUACGCGCUGCUGACCCUCCACUCGGGUUCCGGAGCCUCAUGCCAGCCUGACACCACAGUGAACCGUAGCUGCCCUCCAUUAUUUCCCCCGCUCGGGAGAACGUGUCUGGCCAGGCAUUUCUUCCAGCACGGGCCCUGAUUGGAGACCAGGCUGGGACCCGGGUUUUGAGCAGCAGGCCUCUUGUCCUCCACCCCUUCCGAGAGUGCCGGGUGGACGCGGAUCCCGCUCCAUUUCCCGCUCAGGUACCCGCCGCCCAGCGGGGCCAGAGCCGGGACGCCCGGGCUCCUUGGGGAAAAAUCAGAGCUCGGAGUCUGCCCACCCACCCAGAGCUCCGGUUGCUGGAGUUACACACUUUCCUGUGGGUUCCUUCAGGGAGUCCCUUCCUCUGUUCUCAGUGUCCUUGGACUAUUCAAGCGCGUGUCUGGGGAGCUGCGUGGCGGCAGCGCUGGCGUCUAAAGCUUCCUUUGCUUGGUCGGGGCGGCAGCGGAGCGGCGGAGUGGCGUGGACCUCAUGUAGAAAUGACAACAAUGGAAGGGGCCAGCGGGUCGAGUUUUGGAAUAGACACGAUUUUGUCCAGUGCCAGUUCGGGCAGCCCCGGCAUGAUGAAUGGAGAUUUCCGCCCGCUCGGCGAGGCCAGGACCGCGGAUUUUAGGAGUCAGGCCACUCCGUCUCCCUGUUCGGAGAUUGAUACUGUAGGAACGGCGCCUUCCUCUCCUAUCUCGGUCGCCAUGGAGCCCCCGGAACCGCAUGUGAUAGCGGACGGCCCCCAGCAUCACCACCACCUCCACCACAGCCAACAGCCGCCGCCGCCGCCGCCGCCAGCCGCGGCCCCCACGCAAAGUUUGCAGCCUUCGCCGCAACCGCCGCCGCCGCAGCCACCCGCCCAGCAGCUGGGCUCGGCCGCCUCGGUCCCCAGGACUUCCACCUCUUCUUUUUUAAUUAAGGACAUCUUGGGCGACAGCAAACCUCUGGCGGCGUGUGCACCGUACAGCACCAGCGUCUCCUCUCCCCACCACACCCCGAAGCAGGAGAGCAACGCAGCACACGAGAGCUUCAGGCCAAAGCUCGAGCAGGAGGACAGCAAAACCAAACUCGACAAGCGGGAAGAGUCCCAGAGCGACAUCAAAUGCCACGGAACAAAGGAGGAAGGAGACCGGGAGAUUACGAGUAGCCGAGAGAGUCCCCCUGUGAGAGCCAAAAAACCUCGCAAAGCCAGGACGGCUUUCUCCGACCACCAACUCAAUCAACUGGAGCGUAGCUUUGAGCGACAGAAGUACCUGAGUGUGCAGGACCGCAUGGACCUGGCAGCUGCGCUCAAUCUCACUGACACCCAGGUCAAGACCUGGUACCAGAACCGCAGGACCAAGUGGAAGCGGCAGACUGCGGUGGGCCUGGAGCUGCUGGCCGAGGCAGGGAAUUACUCGGCACUGCAGAGGAUGUUUCCGUCGCCUUAUUUCUACCACCCAAGCUUGCUGGGCAGCAUGGACAGUACUACCGCCGCGGCGGCCGCCGCCGCCAUGUACAGCAGCAUGUACCGGACUCCUCCUGCACCUCAUCCCCAGCUGCAGCGGCCCCUGGUGCCCCGAGUGCUCAUCCACGGCCUGGGGCCUGGGGGACAGCCGGCCCUCAAUCCCCUGUCCAGCCCCAUCCCAGGCACCCCGCAUCCCCGGUGAAGAGCAAGUCACUGUCCCUCCCUGUCCCCUCCCUGACCCGGACAGCUGCCCCUCCUCUCCCGGCACCAGGCUGUCCGGCCUCCCUUGCAGCCAACCGGGAAGCAAAGAAGUAAGAGAGGAAGACACUGACCAGCGGGUGGAGGGGGGGCCCAAAGAGGAGCCAGCCCUCCACUCUCCAUCUCCCCACCCCCAGAGACAGGGCUGGAAAGCUCCCGCACAGGAGUGUGACUGGCGAAAACGCCGACUCCACACAAAGUGCGACCAGUAAGUGAAAACAUCAACAAAAACAAAACCUCAAGUUCUUUUUAAAAAAUGACUUUAGGGACAGGCAGGAGGGAGGGAGGGGGGUGGGGUAAGGAGGGAAGAAAGAAGGGCAUGGAGAGGAAACCACACAGGCAGAGAGAAUUGUAGAUGAACAGCCUCAAAUUCCGAGGCAGAGGGCGUUGCCGUGGACAUUCCGACUGCCCCAGAGAAAAGAGGAGGGUAACUGAGAACUUUGCACUGAUUUCUCAUGACCUUUUUUCUUUUGGAAAAGUGGCAUGCUCCAUAAUAUGAAAAAAAAAUGUACAUUGGAAAGACUGAGUGAUAAGUGAUAUAUCAUAUUUAUUAUAUGUUGUCCAAAAAAGUCACUUAUAUACAUUAGUAAAACAUGAUUUUUCUUUUCAUGUCUUUUUGAUUCAGUAAAAUAAAUGCUUAGACAAAAAUAUAGAUUUUUUUGUGAUUGAAAAUUACAGAAAUAAAGUUUAUCUUUUUUUAACAA